AUGAGGUUACUGUGUACAUGCAUUAGUCUAUCAUUACUUUUAGUAUUUACAAAUGGUAGGGAUGAAGAUAAAAUUGUUAAAGCUUGCUAUUGGCCUAAUGAAGUAUUCGAGCCAUGCUUCGGUGGUUGUGCGGAAGUAUCGUGUGAUAACCCCCGUAGCCACUUACGUCCUUGUUACCCGUACUGCGAGCCUGGCUGUGUGUGUGAAGAACCCUACAUAAGGGACGACCGGACCCAUCAGUGCGUUCUGCCACAAGACUGCUCUCCGACGCAAAUGGGUAUACCAAUACCCACAAAAAGAGACAAAACAUUAUCACCAAAAUAUUCAGGAAGGUCAUAUCGAAGUCAUACUAAACGAGAAGGUCAAGAAAUUGUCGAGAACGAACUUCCACCGCCGAAUUACAAGUUAGAAGAUGCUAGAAGGAGUCCAGAAGUAUCCAGGAUGGGCAAUUAUUUUAAUAUUGUCAUAGCACCACCGCCCAUCAAAGCACUCCAGCCAAGAAAAAUUCUACAAAGCGACGCAUAUAGACCAAACUCAAAAAGAAUGUAA